AUGGCAUCGAAAUGGAAAGAAUUAAAAACACAUCCGAGUUUAGGAAUCUCUCCGGCGAUUUCGGUCGAAGAAAAGAAGUCAAUGGUGGAUGUUAAACAGUCUCUAAAGGAACCUUCAAAGAAACCACCGAGCUUUGUGAAAAAAAUACUCGGAAAGGCAGGAAAAAGGCGAAUUAAUUCGGAAAUGGAAAAAAACUUGGCCGAGUUCCAUUCAUCCUCGGCGGAACUGAAGAAUGUCGGAUGUGGAAAAAAAUCCAUUCGUUGGAAAUUGAAUUCGACAGAAAUUACAGUUGAUGAGUUCAUCGGAAGUUCUGUAACUGAAUCAACAGACGUGAGAAACAAACCAAAGACGUUGCCUGUGCGAGGAAAUAACCAACGGGCGUCCCUGACCACAGUUGAUGAAAACAAAGUAUGGGAAUCAUGUUCACCGCGGAAGAGAAGAAAGGUCAUUGUGGGCGAUUCCAGUUAUGUGACACCGGAGGCUUUUUUGGAGCUGCCCGUUAAAGGACCGGGUGGAACUCUUGGUGGACUGACUCCGACCAAGAAAGAUGGCAGAAUGGUCCCACUUCCUAAAGGGUUUGGUGCUAAAUCAGAUUUCCCACUGGUGCAUACUUCUAAAGAUGAAAACCUGCCACCAAGUGAACAAAUUGCCGACGGAUUAAAGAAAAAAGAGCAGCCGGAUGGAACGUCAGCAGAGAGACCAGACCAUCCCCGUGAGCAUUCUCCGAUUCAGAGAAACCCCGCCAAGCAUAAAGGUGUGAAAUGCUUUCAAAUGAAGAGCUAUCCCGCGAGACAAGUGAUAUAUUAUCAGCAGCGAUUUAUGGUUUUGGAUACCAUUCCGAUUACAGCUUACUCACGGCAAAACACAACAGCAACCGUUCAUGCUUCAAAACAGUCGUUUAAAUGUUCUACUAAUGUAGUACAAGCCUCGAACAAUCAUGACAUAGAUCGAAUACAAUCAAAUCAAUCUGUUUUAGGACUGGAUGGUAUCGAUUCCAUACAGCCAACAUUGGUGGCAGAUGUUGUCACGCGCUCGUCUGAAAUCAAGAAAAAGCGCGUGGCUCAAAGAGUUUCAGCAGACGACAGUAAUUUGGUGUCGAGUGAGAUACCGAGCUCGAGCGGCGCAUGCUGCGCUGUGACGACAGGUUCAUGUUCUUCCAAUAUGGAAAUGGACGCAUCUUCUGUGACGAUGGAUGCACGUGCAAUUGAGAUCGUCGUGACGGAUGAGGCCGAUCGGAGUCGCAAGGUGAAAGGAGCUAAUAAGGACUCAAUUUGGAAGCGGAUCUCUCGUGUUUUGAUUGACAACCGGAUGACGGGUCAGACAGACUGUGACAGGAUUUUACGACCCCAUCCGGAAGAGAAUAUUGUGCUAAAACGUAUUUUAAACGUGGUAUUUAUUGUCAUUGGGGUGUGCUUACUUGUUGCGGUAUUCAUCGUCAUCAUCUACACUGCGAUAGUUUGUAAAUGCUACAAAAUCGUUGUAUUCCGUGAAACAAGAAAAGUGCCAAUGAAGUCAAGGUAUAAGAAGCAGAAGGUAAUAGCUUGCCAAUGUGAAGAUGCAGAACGUAAAAGCAUGCCAUUGUGA